AUUGUAGCCCAGCCCAGCCCACUAAGGAAACCAUAACCCUAGAGCUCCUCUAUAAAUAUGAACCCCUCUCCCCUUGCCCUUGGCAAUUUUCCAUUCCCACCCCUCAAAAAUUUCCAGCCGCCAGCUUCUUCCUCCCUGCUUCACGCCAGCAACAGCCACCAGCGAGCUGCCCUCUCCAUCGCGCUCCCAGCCAUGGCACCCAAGCUUUCUGCUCCCAUCUCUGCCAGCGCCCCUCUUCUCCACGGCGUUCGGUGCAGGGAUCCUUUCCUCCUCUGUGCGCAGGAGCUCUCCAUGGUGUGGAUCGGCGCCCUUGCUGUCUCCUCCAAUGGAGCGUGGCGCAGGGAGCAGCCAUCCUGAGCUCGCCCUAGCCUCCAUUUUUCCAGCCGGUGCUUCCCCCUGCGAGCAGUUUUCUCCGUCAUCUUCAACCUCCAGCAGCCAGCGGUUCCCAUUCCCAGCAGCCCCAAUGGCCGACGCCCUGCUCAAGGAAUGAAGCCGACGCUCCAGCGACCCCAUGUCCAGGAGCUCGACGCCGGCUUUCUUCCUGUGUCCCUUGCCGCAGAGGAGCAGUAGCUCUUCCUCCCCAGCGCCCCUUCUUCUUCCAUGGAUUGCAGCAGCUCGACCCUCCUCUCCAUGGCGCGAGCUUCAUUUUUCAGAGCCGCCGAAGCUCCUCCUCAUGGCGCCCCCACUCCCUGCUACAUCUUCUCUCAGCCUCCUCUCACCCUCCCAAGACAGCCAAAGCAGGGGCCUUCUUCCCCAUGGAGGCCGAGCCCCCUGCUCCCAGCCGUGACGCCCAGAAUUUUUUCCAGCAGAGAGCCUCUUCCCAUGGGCGCCACCCCCCUGCAAUUUCCCCUUGCCGGCGCCCAGAAAUCGCAGCAGCAUGCUCCUUCGCCUCGCGCGUUGAGUGCUCGACGAAAUGCCGCAGCGAGCAGCGGUCAUGAGAUCCCCUCUGUGUUGCUUGCAUCGGCCCGAUCUGCGCAGUCCCGACCCAAGGCGUCGCGUGGGUGUUUGGACAGCCCCACACUACGUCGUCGAUCUGCGCGGUUCGACCGUCUACGCGUCUCACUUCGCCGGAUCUGCGCAGCCCCAACAUCGACGCCGUUCACCCCGGCGAGGAACCCCGUGUUUUGCGUGGAGAAGGCAAGCCGCUCAACGCUCGUCGACGUGCGGAGCUAUGCACACAUCGAAUCGCCAACGUUCUUACAAACACCGAUUGGGUUUGUUUAUGGACCGAGAGAUGGUGAUCGUGCACGUGAUAUGGUGCCAACCACAAGAUGCAGUUGGUGGACGACCUGAAGAAUGGUGGACUUACCCAGUAGAUGCUCGCCAAGCGAGUACCUCUCCCAGCAAACACUAUCUAAGUGUUAAAAUAAAGG